CAAAGGUCAGCUCCAUCAUUUCCGCGGAACAUCCAACAUGGCGCCAUCCAUUGACGAUUUAGUGCAGCGGGUUUCCCUCUACAAUCUGCGCCCGUUCCUCUUGCAUUUAUACGUGGCGCCUUUCCUAGUCAUCUACGCCGUCUGGCUGUACGUUUGGCUGGGAGUUUACGGCGUUGGAGAGUAUUUUGAGGCCGGUUUGAUCGCUCUAGCCGUGAUCGGCAUCGUGCAGAUUUUGUCGUGUCUGUUUUGCCACUGGUCGGUCCACGUCAGGUGUUCAUUUAUAUGUAACAAGGCGUAUGAUCCCAGUAAGGCUGGGUGGGUGAAGGUUGUCCCCACUCCCAACAAUGGAUCAGCUGAACUGGUCAGACUACAUCAUGACAAGGACAACGCCUCUGGAGCAGAGCAGAUCUGGUUCAACUUCCAGAAGAUCAAGUAUGUGUACGACAGCGAGGAGAAGAAGCAGUUCCGAGCGGUGGAGUUUCCCGUGGACCUGCCGAUGAAGGCGUACCAGGCCUGCCGAGGGUACCAGGACGAGGCUGACAUCAGCAGGGCCAGCGCCAAAUUUGGGAAAAAUGAAGUCCAGAUGGUUGUUCCAGACUUUGCGGAGCUGUUUAAGGAGAGAGCCACAGCUCCUUUCUUCGUGUUCCAGGUGUUCUGUGUGGGGCUGUGGUGUCUGGAUGAGUACUGGUACUACAGUAUCUUCACCCUGUUUAUGCUGGUGGCGUUCGAGGCAACACUGGUCCAGCAGCAGAUGAGGAACAUGUCAGAGAUCAGAAAGAUGGGGAACAAACCCUUCCUCAUCCAGGUGUACAGGAACCGCAAGUGGAGACCCAUCAACAGUGAUGAACUGGUGCCGGGAGACAUCUGUUCUAUAGGACGUUCCCAACAUGACAACCCUGUGCCAUGUGACCUGUUACUGUUGAGGGGCCCAUGUAUUGUGGAUGAGGCAAUGCUGACUGGGGAGUCUGUACCACAGAUGAAGGAGCCUGUGGAAAGCCUGGAGCCAGACUAUGUCCUGGAUCCUGAUGUAGAUGGAAAGCUGCACAUCAUCUUUGGAGGCACCAAGGUGGUACAACACACCCCUCCUGGGAAAACUGCAGCAGGACUGAAAUCUCCUGACAAUGGCUGUAUUGCAUAUGUGCUGAGGACAGGGUUUAACACCUCUCAGGGUAAGCUGUUGAGAACCAUCCUGUUUGGAGUGAAGCGAGUGACAGCCAACAACCUAGAGACUUUCUUCUUCAUCCUGUUCCUGCUUGUGUUUGCCAUCGCUGCAGCUUCUUAUGUGUGGAUUAAAGGUACUGAGGACCCAAAGAGGAACAGGUACAAGUUGUUUCUGGAGUGCACCUUGAUCCUGACCUCAGUGGUUCCACCAGAACUGCCUAUUGAACUGUCACUGGCUGUCAACACAUCUCUACUGGCUCUCUCCAAACUUUAUGUGUUCUGUACGGAGCCCUUCAGGAUCCCGUUUGCAGGGAAGGUUGACAUCUGCUGUUUUGACAAGACUGGGACCCUGACUUCAGACAAGCUCACUGUGGAGGGGGUGGCAGGGCUUGAAGGUAAGGAUAAGGUGUGUCCCAUCUCUGAGGUUCCACUGGAGACUGUACAGGUGCUGGCAUCCUGUCACUCAGUGGUACAGAUGGAGGAUGGACUGGUAGGAGACCCCCUAGAGAAGGCCACGCUAACUGCAGUAGAAUACAACCUCACCAAAGGCGAUGCUGUGAUCCCACCGCGUGGAAAACCGGGGAAAGCGAUGAAGAUCAUGCAGCGGUUCCACUUCUCCAGCGCGCUGAAGCGCAUGUCCGUCAUCACGUCCCAGGAGCAGCAGGGCUCGGUGGAGAACCUGUACAUGGCCAUGGUCAAGGGCGCGCCGGAGACGCUACGGGCCAUGUACUCCAGUGUCCCAGACAACUAUGAUGAGGUGCACCAGGAGAUGUCCCGGCAGGGCGCCCGGGUCCUGGCUCUGGGGUACAAGAAACUGGGCACAAUGUCCCCUCAACAUCUGCGUGACCUGACCAGAGAUGAUGUAGAGAAGGACCUACACUUUGCAGGGUUUGUCAUCAUCUCCUGCCCGCUCAAGGCUGACUCCAAGGCUACUGUGAAGGAGAUCAUACAUGCCUCCCACCAUGUGUGUAUGAUCACAGGUGAUAACCCCCUGACAGCCUGUCACGUGGCUAGGGAGCUGCGCUUCACCAGGUGUCCCAAGACUCUCGUUCUCACUCCACCUGUCGAUCAAGAUUCAGAGUGGCACUGGCUGUCUGUGGAUGAAAAGGUCACCCUUCCCAUGGUGCCACAGCAGGGCGCCAAGGAGCUGAUUGGCAAAUAUGACCUUUGCCUUACAGGAGAGGCCCUGACCCAGCUAAAAACUGUGAAUGAGAAGUUUUUCCAGAAGAUUUUGCCACACGUGAAAGUGUUUGCAAGAGUGGCACCCAAACAGAAGGAGUAUGUGAUCACCACCCUGAAGAGUCUAGGCUACACCACCCUGAUGUGUGGAGAUGGUACAAACGAUGUCGGGGCACUCAAACAUGCACAUGUUGGUGUUGCCCUCCUAUCUAACGCACCUGAGAGGAUGCCAGACAGAUCACGCAAGGAGGACAAAGAAAAAGAGCCAAAAGACAAUAAACCAGUAAACAACAAGCUGCACCACCCCCAGUCAGCCCCUAGGGGGAGCAGCAGAGCUGCCAAGAACAGAGCUAUAGCCAGAGGGGAAAAUUUAGCAGGAAGCAAGAGUGCUCAGAUGCAGAAAAAGCUGGAGCAGAUGCUGAAGGAGAUAGAUGAACAGGAGGCAGCAGCAGUCGUCAAGUUAGGAGAUGCCAGCAUAGCCUCUCCCUUCACUUACAAACUCUCCAGUAUACAAUGUGUAUGUCAUAUCAUCAAACAGGGUCGCUGCACCUUGGUGACGACACUACAGAUGUUUAAGAUCCUGGCGCUGAACGCGCUCAUCCUAGCGUACAGUCAGAGCGUGCUGUAUCUGGACGGUAUCAAGUUCAGCGACGGACAGGCCACCUUACAGGGCCUGCUCCUUGCUGGGUGCUUUCUCUUCAUCUCAAGAUCAAAGCCUCUGAAGAUACUGUCUAAACAGCGCCCUCUACCAAACAUCUUCAACCUGUACACCAUCAUGACAGUGCUGUGUCAGUUUGCUGUGCACUUCUCUUGUCUGGUGUUUCUAAAACAGGAGGCACAGAGACUGCAGCCCAGGACAGAAGAAUACGUUGACCUUGAAAAAGACUUUGAGCCCAGCGUGUUGAACAGCACAGUGUACCUCAUCAGCAUGAUGAUGCAGGUCAACACGUUUGCUGUCAACUACAAGGGCCAUCCGUUCAUGGAGUCGUUACGUGAAAACAAGGCCCUCCUGUACAGCCUCUUCUUCUCCAUCAUCUCACUAGCAGCACUCACCAUGGGGCUGGUGCCGGAGGUCGCACAGCAGUUCGAGAUCGUAGACUUCCCAGAUGAGUACCGAAUGCUGCUGCUCCAAGUCUUUGCCGCCAAUUUCAUCGGGGCCUUUCUAAUCGACAGAGCUCUGCAGUUUGUACUGGGUUAUGCCUCACUAAGGUCCAAUUGAGAUACAUCCAUCUACACAACUGACAACUACAACUGAACUGCUUUAUGUCCUAGAUGCUACAGUCAAGUGUUACAAAAUUAGAUCUUCAGCAGCAGCAUAGCAAUUUUGCCCUACUGUAAAUCUUUGGGUUUGACUGCAAUGAACCAGAUUUUUUUCUAAAAAAAAAAGGCAGCUUUGUUUUGUCAAUUUUGUACCAAUGAGAGAAGGGAAUUCUAUGAAUAAAUUAUUUCUUUAAAAAAAUGGUAUUUACAAAUCAUAUGUAAAGAAUAGCAAACAAAGUAGCAUUAUGUUCCUAAACACUUUUCAUUCAAUAGACAGUUUCAAUAACAUGUAGAUGAAAACAUUUUGUUCUAUAAGGCCAUGUUGAUUUGAUUAUAUGGAUGACAUAAGCACGGUCAUUUC